AAAAGUUCAGCUGAGAGCUACAAAAGACCAGCCUUUCCGGCACCUGCGAAUCCAGAGCGGUGGGCACUGACUGGCGCGCGCACUCUGUGGACAGACUCUCCGGUUCUACUAGGUGGAAAUCCGGUCCCUGUUACUCCUUUUGGCCAGAAAUUCAAGACAUUUCACGUGGCAGAAUAAAUUCAAUCCUUGUUUCUCCAUCUUAUCCACUAGUAGAAGUUAGUUAUAUUCUCUUUGAACUCAUCAUGAAUUCCAUGAAGACUGAAGAAAACAAGUCAUUUAGUGCCACGGGAGAUGACCAGAGGACUAGACCUGAAGUUUCAGAGGAUACUGUCAUGAAGCGGACAUGUGCUGACACACCUGUUGAUCAUUGUCUAUCUGGCAUAAGAAAGUGUAGCAGCACCUUUAAGCCUGAAAGUGAAGUCAGUAAGCAUGAAACAGCCCUUGAAAUGCAGAAUCCAAAUUUGAACAACAAAGAAUGUUGUUUCACCUUUAGUUUGAAUGAAAACUCCAGAAAAUUAGACCGUAGUGUGUUUACAGCAUAUGGUAAACCCAGUGAGAGUAUCUACUCAGCCCUGAGUGCUAAUGACUAUUUCAGUGAAAGGAUGAAGAAUCAGUUUAAUAAGAAUAUUAUUGUUUAUGAAGAAAAGACAAUAGAUGGACAUAUAAAUUUAGGAAUGCCUCUCAAGUGCCUGCCUAGUGAUUCUCAUUUUAAAAUUAUAUUUCAUCAAAGAAAGAGUAGCAAAGAAGAUGGACACACAUUACGCCAAUGUGAAAAUCCAAACAUGGAAUGCAUUCUUUUUCAUGUUGUUGCUAUAGGAAGGACAAUAAAGAGGAUUGUUAAGAUAAAGGAACUUCAUGAAAAAGGAAGUAAACUUUGUAUUUAUGCCUUGAAGGGUGAGACUAUUGAAGGAGCCUUAUGCAAGGAUGGCCGUUUUCGGUCUGACAUAGGUGAAUUUGAAUGGAAACUAAAGGAAGGUCAUAAGAAAAUUUAUGGAAAACAGUCCAUGGUGGAUGAAGUAUCUGGAAAAGUCUUAGAAAUGGACAUUUCAAAAAAAACACAACGGAAAGAUAUCCAUAAAAAAAUUAAACAGAAUGAAAAUGCCACUGAUGAAGUUAAUCACCAGAGUCUGAUACAACCUAAGAAAAAAGUCCAUGAACCAGAGAAAGAUGGAGAGACCAAAGAUGUAGAACACAGCAGAGAGCAAAUUCUCCUACCUCAGGAUCUAAGCCAUUAUAUUAAAGGUAAAACUCACCAGACAAUUCCCAGGAUUAGAAAUUAUUACAUUCAUAGUUUGACCCGAAAAUAUUCGCAAAUAAACUCACAAGUUAGGCGGAGACCAUAUCUGGGUAGGCAGUAUGCUAUUAAUCUGGAUGUCCAAAAGGAGGCAAUUAACCUCUUAAAGAAUUCUCAAAUGUUGAAUGAAGCCAUUAUGCAUCAGUAUCCGAAUUUUAAGGAGGAGGCACAGUGGAUAAGAAAAUAUUUUCAGGAAGAACAAAAGAGAAUGGAUGUUUCACCAUCUAAGCAAUUCAACAUAUAUAAAAAGGACUUUGGAAAAAUGACUGCAAAUUCUGUUCCAGUUGCAACCUGUGAACAGCUUACAUAUCAUAGCAAGUCAGUUGGGUUCAUGCAAUGGGACAAUAAUGGAAACACAGGCAAUGCUACUUGCUUUGUCUUCAAUGGUGGUUAUAUUUUCACCUGUCGACACGUUGUACAUCUUAUAGCAGGUGAAAACACAUGUGAAAGUUUGUGGCCAGAUAUAAUUACCAAAUGUGCUAAGGUAACCUUCACUUAUACAGAGUUCUGCCCUACUCCUGACAAUUGGUUUUCCAUUGAGCCAUGGCUUUUUUCCAAUAAAACUCUAGAUUAUGCCAUUCUAAAACUAAAAGAAAAUGGAAAUGCAUUUCCUCCAGGACUAUGGCGACAGAUUUCUCCUCAACCAUCUACUGGUUUGAUUUAUUUAAUUGGUCAUCCCCAAGGCCAGAUCAAGAAAAUAGAUGGUUGUAUUGUGAUUCCUCUAAAUGAACGAUUGAAAAAAUAUCCAAACGAUUGUCAAGAUGGGUUGGUAGAUCUCCGUGAUACCACCAGUAGUGUAUACCCUAUGUUUACCCAAAGAAGUUUCCUAUCAGAGGUUUGUAACAUGCACACGCUUAGUUAUGAUACUUGUUUCUCUGAUGGGUCUUCAGGCUCCCCAGUGUUUAAUGCAUCUGGCAAAUUGGUUGCUUUGCAUACCUUUGGUCAUUUUUAUCAACGUGGAUGUAAUGUGCAUGCCCUUAUUGAGUUUGGUUAUUCUAUCGAUUCUAUUCUGUGUAAUAUUAAAGAGACAAACGAGAGCUUGUAUAAAUUAUUAAAUGAUGAGAAACUUGAGACCUGCAAUGAAGAGAAAGGUAAACAAGAGUCAUUACUUCAAGAUCAUCAGGUUGAACCCAUGGAAUGUUAGAAAAAAGAUGCUGUCUUCAAGAAAAUAUGCCAAUAAUUACUGGCAAAGAUUUCAUGACAAAGACACCCAAAGCAAUUGCAACAAAACCAAAAAUUGGCAAAUGGGACCUAAUUAAAGCUUCUGCACAGCAAAAGAACCUAUCAACAUGCUAAACACACAACCUACAGAAUGAGAGAAAAUAUUUGCAAACUAUGCAUCCAGCAAAGAUUGAAUAUUCAGAAUCCUGCUACAACCACACACAUUAAAGAUCUCAAAUCACCUGAUCCUACUAUUGCAAAUAAAUCUCCACUGAGUUAUUCAUGUAAGUGUUUUAUAGGAUAAAUCAGUUGCAAAAACUUGUUUUUAAAUAGCAUGCAAAUAAAGCCUGCUCUUCACGGCCCCAAUUCUGAAAGCCCUGUCAUAUAUCACUGCUUGAGCUUACCUGCUGUAUGACCUCUGCCUCCAUCCCUCUGAACCAACGAUGGGUUUCACAAGACGAACCAGAAACACAGUGGUUCCAAGUGGUUAUAAUACGAUUCAUUUGCCACCUAAAUUUUAGGUAAAAAUUAUCACUGGCAUGUUCAGGAACUGGGCACAUAGACCCUGGAAUUUUGCAACAGCAAACACAUCUGAAUUUGGAAUCUAUAUCUCAAAUGUUACCACCUCUGUGAUGGCAUCCCUGAAGCACUCUCUGUGCUACCACUGCAGCCUGUUCACUUCGGUAUUAUGUUUAUAACUCUGUUUUUAAAUUUUUUUACUUUUACUCAUCUACUAGAUUGUGACUUAAUGGAUGGUGAGGACAAUGUUAGAUUCAUCUUGGCAAUCCCAGUGCUUAACACUAUCUGGCAGGCACGAAAAUUUCCUCCAACUGAAUAAAAUUUUUAAAAGGAUACUUUAGGUUUAUAUGUCAUAGACAUAAAUUAGUGGAAGGUAACGGCUAUCCCAUAGAGCACAUUAAAGAGACUGGUGUUCCAACAGCUACAUGAAGUGGAAACAUACAAACUAGCCAAAGGUGAGGCCCUGCACGUGGGGCUUCUCCAGCACUUUCUGUCUUUGCUGCAUGAUCCUCAUGGGCUGCAUCCAACCUUAUAAAGUCAGCCAAGAAGAGAAAAUCAGAGGCUGGUCCAUUCCUUGCUGGUGUGAUGACAUAAGGAGUCAUUCUUUGUGAACAGAACUCACUGGUGUCUGCAGUUUUUUGUUUUGUUUUUGCUUUUGGUAAAGGUUGGUUAUAGUGUUGAAGAAGAACUAAAAGAUAUCCACUCAAAAUGAACUCUGGCUAAUGAUUCUGGACAGUCCAAUCCUGUGGUUCAAUUUCUUCAAUGGCCAGCUAAGGGAAAAGGGACUGAGCAUAUAAAUUAAUUCCCAGGCUUCAAGGAGCAGAAAACGCCUGCAAUUAGUUUAGAAAUUGCAGUGUGCUUUUGC